AUGGCUGAGUUCAUGAACAAGACAACUGCGGAGAUACGCAAGAUUGCACAUGAUAAAUCUAAGAAGGUCAUGACAGCGGAGGAUGAGGCCUUUUUCUUUAAGUUCUAUGAACAACAACAGCGAGAACUGGCUGCCGCUGCCGUCAAACGACAUGUGUCUGUUGGCAUGGUCGAAGACCUGUUGGGCCGAAAGCAGGCUGUUCGUGACCUCUCAAGUUGGAAUAAUUUCCAAAUAAAACAUGGAAACUUGUUUCGAGGAAAAGGGAAGGGUGUUGGAGGAUCAACAGCUAUGAGUGAACUGUCUGCCAUGUGGAAGGCUAUGACUCCAGAAGAACAAGCUGCUUAUGAUACUGAAAAUCUUGCCGCCAGCAAUGAAGAUCAAGAUGUUGCUGGAUUGCGAGCUAACUCAGAAUCCCUUCGACAGGCUGAGAAGCGUGUUGAAAAAUGGAUGAACACUUGGCAAAAAAAAGCUGUCCAUAUUGCUGCAAGCAAUCAUUGUGAAAUUGUCAUUUUUGCAGUGUCAACCCACCUCUGUGAUUACAGUUUCCAGAACGUGCGAGCCACACCAGGUGCAGCCGAAUUUGUCCAGGAAAUUACAUCCACAGAUGGAUUGAGAAACUACCAAAGCCGACUCCAAGCAUUUCUGACUGGUGCCCAAUUAAACAACGUAUCAGCUUGUCUUGGAAAGAAGAGAACUCAAAAACGUAAACCUAAGGCUGAAGUUGAUACCGCUCAAAGCAAGCUUAAUGAACUGGUUGAUCAAGCUACUGAUGGAAAGAAAGACAGCUGGUCGUGGCAAGGAUGCAACGAUGCACUGGGAAAGCUUGGCUAUAAAGUUGUGUUCAUGCCAGGACAUGUUUUGCAGGCUGAUUGGAUCAAAUCAUACAGCAACAGCCUCCGAGGAACUGAGGCAAAGUUAAUUGUUGAAGACAUUGACAACGGACUGAUCCGAGUGAUCCAAGAUCAAGACGCACUGAUUGGCCGCACUCGCAUCAUCAAACAGAAACCUCAACGGCAUGACUCUGCGCAACCGGGAACUACAGAUCAUCUUGGUGGGGAAGACGGCUCAGCUCAUCACCUCCUUCUACCUUCUAAACGCAAGUGCCAACCACUGAAGCCCCCAAAAAAAUUACGAAGAACAAAAUCAGCACCUAAAAAACAGCGUAAGAGGGUCUAA